AUGACGGUCCUUCAGUUCCUCCGGCACAAUUUCCUCCUCAUCUCUACACUUCUCGCUGUUGUCCUGGGAAUUGUUGCUGGGAUGGUGUGCCGGACGCUCAAGCCGUCCUCUGACACUAUUCAGCUGGUGCAGUUUCCUGGAGAUCUUUUCCUUCGUAUGCUGAAGAUGUUGAUGCUGCCUCUAACAGUAGCCAGUAUCAUUACAGGUCUGGGUAAUAUGAAAGGAUCAUCUGCCGGAAGGAUAGGUGUACUGUCUAUGGUUUGUUAUACAAGUACCUCUGUUGCUGCAACACUGGUUGGCUUGACAUUAGUCCUGACCAUCAAACCUGGAGCUUACUCUGACUCGUCGACAACCGAUGUAUUACACAAUAACGCUAUGGCAUCAACAAUGGACAUCUUCAUGGACUUAUUGAGAAACAUACUUCCUGACAACAUAGUUGCUGCUACUAUCCAACACUCACGCACUGAGAUGGUUGUUCAUGGAAUAAAGUUACAGGACGAUGGCAACUCUAGUUCUGGUAACCUGCAGGAAACUGGUGGUGAUUCCAGGAAGGUCAACCAAUCUGUUACGGCAAAGAAAACAGUGAUGGUUGAUGGGGCAAAUAUCAUAGGUGUACUUACCUACUGCAUUGUUUUCGGUGUGACUCUCAGCCAGCUAGGUCGUCGUGGAGCAGUGGUGACACAAUUCUUUACAGCCGUCAACAUCGUCACCUUCAAAAUGAUCAGACUUGUCAUGUGGUAUUCACCAAUUGGCAUACUGUUUCUCGUCAUGGGCCAGAUAUUGUCCACAACUGACAUGACGGAGACUGGACAAACACUGGCUAUCUACAUUGCAACUGAGUUGGCCGGAUUGGCAAUCCAUUCACUGGUGGUCCUUCCAGGCUUGUUUUUCAUCCUGACAAGAAAGAACCCAUAUGCCAUAUAUCUCAAAAGAACAUUAUUGGCCCAGGCGCUGUACUGA